AUGGAGGCAAAGGACCUAGCUAAACGUUGGGAAAGACUACAGCUAAUAACAGAAGAAAGCUCACCUUUCCAGGUGAAACUGGAUGGGCCAAAGGAGAGGGACAAGAUGGAGGAAUACUGCAUUGUGGGAAGCUUAUGCUUUGAGCAACAAAGGGAAGACCAGGUCCCCCAUCAAUUUGGUCACUGGCUACGGGCUCAACCCAUGCACACAGAUAUCUUUAAUGUCUAUAAGUAUGGUGGAUCAAAGGGUGUAGUAAAUGGUGGAGCAAGCGGUGGAGUUCAUGGUAGUAACAGUAAUAGAGAAGAGCAGGUAUCGGGGAAGGGACAAGGUGACAGAGGAGAACCUAUGCCAAGCAACCAUGCUGUGCAGCAGGAGGUGUCAGCGAAAAUGAAGGAAAUCUUCCUAGCGGAAAAUUUGGAAAAGGCAGUCCAAGUAGCAAAGGGUCAAAAGGCAGGAGAGGAAGCCCCAACCACUGGAAUGAUGACAGGUACAACUUUUGAAACUGGCACUAAAAGUCAACUAGAUAGUCAUCUCCCAAGUUUGUACGAGGCUCCCAUAUUGGACACUGUAAAUGGGACCUUACUCCGUCGAAACACUACUAUAAUGGAUGUAGAUCAAGAUAAAGGAGAUUUCAAUGAAAUCCUGCACCAGAAGGAGAAACAAGGGGCUGCAAGUAGACCAUACAAACAGAUUGAAAAUUUUAAGAAGGUGAACCAGAGAAAGAAAAUAAACACCAUUAGAAGUGUUGAGGAUUCACAAGGGAGGGUGGUGGAUGAGCAAGAGGGUGUUGGAGAGGUUUUUACAGGUUUCUUCACCUAUUUAUUUACCACUUCCUCCCCAUCUAAUUUUGAGGAAUGCUUGGUUUCCUUAAACACCACACUAAUUACUGAGAUGACAGAUUGGCUCCUUGCUCCCUUCACUCGAGAAGAAAUCUAUGGAGCUGUAAUCCAAAUGAAUCCUUUAGGCUCCCCUGGGCCUGAUGGAUUCCCAGCUUUCUUCUACCAAAAGCAUUGUGAAAUAAUAGGCAAGGAGGUGUGUCAAUUUGCUCUUCAUGUUCUAAACCAAGAUGGCUCCUUAGCUAAGGUAAAUGACACUCUCAUAUACCUAAUUCCAAAAGUUAAAUGUCUAAAAAGAGUGACUGAAUACAGACCCAUUAGCUUAUGCAAUGUACUAUACAAAAUUGUCUCUAAAACUCUUGCAAAUAGACUAAAAACCAUCCUCUCCAAGCUCAUAUCCCCCAACCAAAGCGCCUUUGUACCUGGUAGACUCAUUUCAGACAAUGUAUUAGUAGCUUAUGAAGCCCUUCAUUCCAUGGGUACAAGAAUGAAAGGAAGGAAAUGGAGUGUGGCCCUCAAAUUAGACAUGAGUAAGGCUUAUGAUAGGGUAGAGUGGGGCUUUGUGGAAGUUGUUAUGUCAAAAAUGGGCUUCCCUCUCAAGUGGAUCAACUUAAUUCAAACAUGCCUUAAUUCUAUCACAUAUUCAAUUCUGGUUAAUGGGGCUCCACAGCAAAAGUUUGUCCCUUCAAGAGGGAUUAGACAAGGCGAUCCUAUGUCUCCCUACAUCUUCAUUAUAUGUGCUGAGGCCCUCACUUCAUUACUGAACCAAGCUGAAAAACACAAAGAGAUAACCCCAAUACAUAUAGGAAGAGGCCCCAUCACGAUAAACCACCUUUUCUUUGCAGAUGACAACCUACUUUUCUGCCAAGCCAACCCAAAGGAACUAAUGUACUUGCUUGAUACUCUAGCUGUGUAUGAACAGGCCUCGGGUCAAAUGCUAAACAAGGAAAAAUCAUCAGUAUUCUUUAGUAAGAACUCUAAGAAGGAGACCAAAGAACAAAUUCUGCAACUGGCAGGUGUUAAGACAAAUGACUCUUUUGAAAAGUACUUGGGGCUUCUAGCCUGUGUUGGGAGAACAAAAGUGGUAGCAUUCCACUCCUUUAUUGACAAAACAUGGGCCAAGAUUGCAAAUUGGAAAACUAAGCACUUAUCAAUUGCAGGGAAAGAAGUACUUCUCAAAUCUGUUAUACAGGCCAUUCCCGCCUAUACAAUGGGAAUAUUCCUACUUCCUAACUCAAUCACAAGGAAACUGAACCAACUACUUAGAAAGUUUUGGUGGGGCUAUAAUGAAGACACUUCUAAAAUUCAAUGGGUCAAUUGGAACCAGAUCAACAACAACAAAGAGGCUGGAGGACUGGGAUUUAGAGACUUUAGAAGCUUCAAUAUUGCACUUCUAUCCAAACAAGGUUGGAGAAUGAUUAAUAACCCAACUUCCCUGGAGGCCAUGAUCAUCAAGCAGAAGUAUUGUGGAACAGGUGAAUUCUUAGAAGCACAAUUGGGCUCGAGACCCUCCUUUGCUUGGAGAGGUAUACAUGCAGGCCUGGAGGUCCUUAAAAAAGGAAUGGUAUGGAGAGUAGGAAAUGGCCAGAGAGUAUACAUCUGGUUAGACAGCUGGAUCCCAUCUCUACCCCUUUACAAAGUAACUACCCCAAGAGAAGAAGAUUGCUGGUGUGAACAGGUAAGUGGCCUUAUUGAUCCAAUAUGUAGAAGAUGGAAGGACUAUCUACUCCAGGAAAUAUUCUCUACACACAAGAUAGAUGCAAUCAAAGCAAUCCCAAUCUGCCUUGGGGAUAGAGAAGACAGGAUGAUCUGGCAACAUACCAACAAUGGCCAAUUCUCAGUUAAAAGUUGUUACCACAUGCAUAGGUCAUUGGAAGCUGAUUUAGAAGGGGAAUCCUCCAGUAAAAGGCGAGACAUACAAGUGUGGAAGACAAUAUGGAAGCUCAAGACCACACCAGCAAUCAAAAUAUUUAUUUCGAGAGCAUGUAGUGAGGUCUUCCCCACCUUGGCAAACCUGAAAAGAAGAAGAGUUGUGGAAGAUAGUUCAUGUAUUAUAUGCAAACAGUUCCUUGAGACACCAAGUCAUGCAUUGUGGGGUUGUCUAGCUGCGCAAGAUGUAUGGAACCAAAGCAGUAAGAAGAUUCAAAAAAUGACAUGUCAUAGUGAUCAUUUCUUUGAUAUAUGGUCCAACCUAGUGGAGGUGCUGAGCACCAAUGAACUUGGGAUAGUGGCUGGAAUCUCAAAAGGAAUAUGGAACAGGAGGAAUGAAAUCAUGCAUGGAAAGGGAAGAGUCAUAUCUCAAACAGAAGCACACAAGUGGAAAAAGCCAGCUGAGAACCCUUAUAAGAUCAAUUGGGAUGCGGCUGUAAGAUCAAUAGAAGGAAGAAUUGGCAUAGGUGUUAUAAUUAGAGACCACACAGGCCAAGUAGCUGGUGCACUCCGGGCUCAAAGAUCCUUUAGGGAGAGGCCUUUUGAUGCAGAGGCCUAUGGCUUACUGAUAGCAGUUGUGUUCAUCAAAGAGAUAGGCAUAAAACAGGUCUGUCUAGAAGGAGACUCAAAACAAGUAGUAGAUUUGACAGUAAAACAAGGCUUGGACUGGAGCAUGGGAGGAUGUUUAGUGGAAGAUGCAAGGAAAAUACUGAAUUCAUUCGCAAGAUGGAGUAUCUCUCAUGUUCCCCAUUAA